GGCACACCUGUAUUUGGGGAGUUUCUCCAAUUCUUCUCUGCAGAUCCUCUCAAGCUCUCAGGUUGGAUGGGGAGCGUUGAAGCACAGCUAUUUUCAGGUCUCUCCAGAGAUGUUCGAGCGUGUUACAGUCUGGGCUCUGGCUGGGCCACUCAAGGUCAUUGAGACUUGUCCCGAAGCCACUCCUGCAUUGUCUUGGAUGUGUGCUUAUGGUUGUUGUCCUGUUGGAAGGUGAACCUUCAUUUUGCUCUUGAAACAUUUCAUUGAAACACUGUCGAAUUCCAUUCAUUUUUAUGGAGGACUGCUACUACUGGGGAGGGCCAAUAUGGCCCCUUAAAUGCCAAUAUAUAGCACAGCAAUCAGGGUUUAUAUGCAUCAUUGGAUAGAACCCUCAAGGUUAUUUGCCUUCACUGGGUAGGUAGUCCUAUCUAUCCUAUCAAAUAUAUCUAUCCUUCCUUUUUAAGUAAAGGAUUAUUUAAUAUCGUCCAAAGAACCAAAACGUUAUGUAUAGAUCCCCAAAUAACCUUUUUUUCUAAGAGCAUAAGCUCUACAGUUGCUACAUUGUAGGCAGUGGUGUAGUGGUAGGGCUCAUCAAAAGUUUGCUUCAAUAGGCUCUUCACCAGGGUAAGUUUUUACCAUCUGAAAUCAAUAAAGUCAAAAACCAUGUUACACUGUGAUACGAUUUUAAAGAAACGGCCUUGACAGGACAGAAAGGGUGGGACAUGUACUAUUAUUUAUGGUUGAAUGUUUAUUUGUCGACGCUUCCAAAAAACACUGGGUGACGUCAUGUAUUGGAACUUUGCUCCAAUCAGGACUCACUCUGAACGAACGUCUAUGGCUUUGAAGCGGGAGGGCUCAGCGUCAACGCUACCAGCAAUGGCCGAGAUUCAAAAACACCGGCAAAGCGACAUCCACCAGCAAGCGGCCAACAGCCACCUGCAACAGACCCAUGCUUGGGCUACCUGAGAGAAGUUACUAUUGUGGUUUAGUAUUGGACAGUAUAUGGGUUGAUUAUGUUAGCUAAGCAGAGAACCCUAUAUUGACAAAAGGAGUGUCAGCAGCAAGACUAGGCGCUCUUGGAAUAAAAGAAAAAGAGGCGCCCAAAUCUGUCCCUUCGGUGGACGGGUCCCCUCUGCGCUUUGAGCGGCACUCUCGCGGAGCUAUGGCAACAAUGGACUCAGGUCUCCACGGGGAGCUCACUCUGUGUGCCACAUCUCAGUGGGUCAGUGGUAGAUAUGCCUCGUAACGUGUGUUCUUUCCCAUGUUAACAUCGUUCUCUGGUAGUGUUUCCUUCACUCGCGUUUGGUAGGUCCAGAGGAAUAGGACUGAAGAUGCCUGGACGGAACAGGUACAAUCUGGUGGACGAUGUCGCGGAUUCGCGGGUCCCCCUCCAUAACGAAGAAGCGUACCAACACGGGAUACAUUUUCAAGCUAAGUAUGUGGGCAGUCUGGAUGUUCCCAGGCCCAACAGUCGUAUGGAGAUCGUAGCAGCCAUGAGGAGGAUCAGGUAUGAGUUCAAGGCCAAGAACAUCAAGAAGAAAAAAGUGAGCAUCAUCGUGUCUGUGGAUGGAGUCAAGGUAGUCCUCCGGAAGAAACAGAAGAGGAAAGAGUGGACCUGGGACGAGAGCAAGAUGCUGAUCAUGUCUGACCCCAUAUACAGGAUUUUCUACGUGUCCCAUGACUCCCAGGACCUGAAGAUCUUCAGCUACAUCGCCAGAGAUGGCUCCAACAACUCCUUCAGGUGUAACGUCUUCAAAUCCAAGAAGAAGACCCAGGCCAUGCGUAUAGUGCGUACGGUGGGCCAGGCGUUUGAGGUGUGUCAUAAGCUUAGUCUGCAGCACGCCCAUCAGGGUAUAGAUGGACAGGCAGACGGAGAGAGUGACAAGUCCACAGAGGACAGCCCCGCUGAGGGUCAUCAGUUGACAGGGGCGGAGGAGGACGAGGGGUGUGGAGAGGAAGGGGAGCCCCAGGCACAGUCCCAGUCUGUGUGUGAGCAGGCGGUCAACGAGAUCCUCCAGAGUUUGGCCCAACUUAACGUGAUCCAGCCUGGACACACCAUCAUGGACUAUGAGAACCGCUCCAGCUACAUGGUGUCUCCGAAUGGCGUGGUUUCUCCCAGCAGCCCUUGCUCUCCGCUUCUGACCCCGCUGGCGGCGCAUCACUACCUCCAGCUCCUCCAACAGCAGAUCCAGCAGCAGCAGCAACACACACAGGUGGCCGUCGCACAGGUGCAGCUCCUGAAGGAUCAGAUGUCAGUGGAGACCGCAGCUCGUGUAGAGGCUCAGGCUCGUGUCCACCAGCUGCUACUACAGAACAGAGACCUGCUCCAGCACCUGUCCCUGCUGGUCACACAGCUCAAACACCUGGAGAGCAAGGCACCGGGACCGGGGGAGAGACACACAGCUGGACUGGGACUGGGGGAGAGACAGGGUCACAAUGAUCAGGAGUCGUCAUGGACGACCAGGUCUCUGUCACUCAACCUGAAAAACCAUUACAGCUUGAGCAGCAUGGACCAGCCAAUCACCUCCACCCCUGCAGGGCCACUCCAAGACCCCCCCCUCACCGCUUCCCAGGUGGAUGGUGCCGAGUCUUACCUCAACCUGGAGAAUGGGACCAAACCACUGGGCUCUCAAAACGGGGGGGAGACGGAGACAGACACACUCAUCAGAAGAACAUCCAAUGGGAAGCCAGGGCGGAAAGACAGCUCGGAAGUGUCGUCAAAUGAGAUUGUGCGGUUCGAAACAAGGAAUUUGACAGCCCUGGAUGAAAGGUUUAAACAGAUCAUCCCUAAAUUGGACCCGCCUCCCCCGUCCUUCAACCGUAAGCGAGCCAGCCGAACUGUCUCUCCGGGGUUGGAGUUCAACCCGCUGACCAUGCCCCUGACCACACAAGUAGAUGGGAAUGGUGGCGUUCCGAGCCGGAGCGAGAGCCUGUCCUUCCCAGACAUCACGCCCUGCUCCCUCUCUUCCGGACUCUCAGGAGACUUCCACCAGCUCAGCAACGGAGGCGGCGAGAGCGGCUCGUGCGGCUCAGCUAGUGAGGAUUCCGGCGUCCGCUCCGAGACUAAAUCGCAUCUCUCGCCUCUCCACGACGAAGAGGACCCGUUUUGGGACAGGGGGGCGUUCCUGACUGCCUCUAGCGGCUGUGGCAGCCCCCUAGAAGACAUGAAGGGGGAAACUGCACCCCUGUCAUGCGUCACCACCACCCCAGGCACACACGCGGACAGCUACGAGCACACGCUCCCCUUCUCCUCCCCCAUCAAUGACACCUGUCUACACAUCAGCUUCUCAGAGGAUGAGUUGCUGGACAGCAGCCCUGAGGACUCCAGUGUCCCACAACGGAGCUAGGAAGACGGGCUGGGAGAGCUACUACAGGCCGUGACUUCAUUAUAGAGGCCUCUGGGGCUGGGGGCUCCUAGCUGACUGACACUGAUGCUGCAACAGACACCACACAAUAAAAUGACUGACACAGACUGUUAUCAGAGCUCCUAACGCACUCUGAAAUGCAAUAGUGUUUUGUAGGCCUCAUUCGGUCCAUAUUCCUAAAAUGUUGAGUGAGCUGGAUUUCAAGACUAGUUUUUCUGUCCUUUCACAACACACAGCUGGACAGAAUUGUGCAUGACCUGAACAUAUUUCAACACACAGAAAAAGAACAUAAAAUGAUCUAUUAUUCUAUAAAUUAUUGCCAUAUGGACAGAUCCUAGUAUUUUUAUAGAGAAUAAUGAUUUUAUUUGUUAUUAGAAAAUAAGUAGAGAAUUGAGAAUAAUCAUGUAGCAGAAGUCUUUCACUGUUAAUGUAGCCUAUAGUGUCAGUGACAAGUUAGUAGUCAAGAUGCUUUAAAUGUAUUUCAUUACAUACUCUCAACUCAUUUACAGGGUGUUCAACACCAAGCGUUACGGAAGUCAAAGUGACAUACUGUAGGAAUGUUGUGGGAACGUUGUGAGAACAUUGGAUGUGAAGUGCUGUGGCGUUGAGAACAGCUGCCCUCUCUCAGACAUCAGACUAUGAAGAGUUAUCAAGAGUUAUGAAGUGUUAUGAAGAGUUAUGAAGAGUUAUGAAGAGUUAUGAAGAAAGGAACAGGGAAGUGAUAGAAAAGGAACAGCGAAUGGAAGAGAAGUGGUGAUGGAAAUCAAAUCACAUCAAAUCAAAUGUAUUUAUAUAGCCCUUCGUACAUCAGCUGAUAUCUCAAAGUGCUGUACAGAAACCCAGCCUAAAACCCCAAACAGCAAACAAUGCAGGUGUAAAAGCACGGUGGCUAGGAAAAACUCCCUAGAAAGGCCAAAACCUAGGAAGAAACCUAGAGAGGAACCGGGCUAUGUGGGGUGGCCAGUCCUCUUCUGGCUGUGCCGGGUAGAGAUUAUAACAGAACAUGACCAAGAUGUUCAAAUGUUCAUAAAUGACCAGCAUGGUCGAAUAAUAAUAAGGCAGAACAGUUGAAACUGGAGCAGCAGCACAGUCAGGUGGACUGGGGACAGCAAGGAGCCAUCAUGUCAGGUAGUCCUGGGGCACGGUCCUAGGGCUCAGGUCCUCCGAGAGAGAGAAAGAAAGAGAGAAUUAGAGAGAGCAUAUGUGGGGUGGCCAGUCCUCUUCUGGCUGUGCCGGGUGGAGAUUAUAACAGAACGUGGCCAAGAUGUUCAAAUGUUCAUAAAUGACCAGCAUGGUUGAAACUGGAGCAGCAGCAUGGCCAGGUGGACUGGGGACAGCAAGGAGUCAUCAUGUCAGGUAGUCCUGGGGCAUGGUCCUAGGGCUCAGGUCCUCCGAGAGAGAGAAAGAAAGAGAGAAGGAGAGAAUUAGAGAGCGCACACUUAGAUUCACACAGGACACCGAAUAGGACAGGAGAAGUACUCCAGAUAUAACAAACUGACCCUAGCCCCCCGACACAUAAACUACUGCAGCAUAAAUACUGGAGGCUGAGACAUGUGUUUGUGUGUUUGGUCACUCACACUCAUACUCACAGUGUGGUAGUUUGAUGAUGUGUGUUUGGUCACUCACACUCAUACUCACAGUGUGGUAGUUUGAUGAUGUGUGUUUGGUCACUCACACUCAUACUCACAGUGUGGUAGUUU